AUGACUCCGCUGGACCCUUUAAUAGACAAACAUAAAAAAUCAGAUAAACGUUAUGGAACUAUCGAUAUGAACUUCUCAAAUAUAUAUUCAGCACCAGAUGCUGCAGAGACGGAAUCUGAUAUAUUUUCGAUCAAUAAGAACAAAAGGGAUCGAAAUCUUCUAGCCUCUCCAAAACGAGAACGUAUACUUGUAAAAGAUAAUACAAGCGACAGAUCACUUACUUUCUGGGAUGUUGCUCCUUACUAUAUGCCAUGUUUUGCAUGGAUUCGUACUUAUUCGUGGUCUAUGCUCUUUGGUGACCUACUUGCAGGAAUAUCACUGGCUUCCUUUCAAAUCCCAUUAGCAUUAUCAUAUGCCACAUCAUUAGCACAUGUAGAACCUCUCUGCGGGUUAUAUUCAUUAGUGGUAACACCAUUUAUCUACGCAAUAUUUGGAUCUGUCCCUCAUAUGAUUGUAGGUCCCGAAAGUGCUUUAUCAUUAGUUAUGGGUCAAACGAUUGAGAAAAUAAUGAGCCACAACGAGGAUCUUAGGUCUGUCGAUCUCGCCGCAAUCAUUACACUUGUUGCCGGGAUCACAUUAUUGUUGGCUGGUAUUUUUAGAAUAGGAUUCUUGGGAAGUAUACUGAGUAGAGCCCUACUUCGUGGGUUUAUUAGCUCGGUAGGGUUUGUCAUGGUCAUAAAUUCUUUGAUAUCAGAACUUAGAUUGGAGAAAGUAAUGCUAGAAAGCCCAGGCCACCAUCACACAGCAUUCGAAAAAGUGAUUUUCCUGUUUAAAUAUGGACCAGAAAAUUAUCAUAGAGCUACAGCUAUUGUUAGUGCUAGUUGUUUUACCAUUUUGAUGACAAUUCGUUUUGUUAAAAGAAGGUUAUCAAGAAAAUUUAAAUGGGUUGUGGUUUUUCCAGAAAUUUUAUUGGUAGUUGUUCUAAUGAUAUACUUAUCUGCCAAAUUUAGUUUCAAAAAAAAGUAUGGAAUAGCAGUAUUAGGUGAUUUUAAUUCAGGAAGUUUUGAAGGUUUGGUGAAUCCCGUUUCAAAAAAUAAUAGAUCGUUAUUUUCAAUAUUAUACAAUGUAGGAGUCGUGGUGGCAUUAUUGGGAUUUUUUGAAUCCACAACAGCCUCAAAAUCACUUGGCGGUAUUGACAAUUCUACUGUGUCGUCAAAUAGAGAGCUUAUAGCAAUGGGUUUAAUGAAUGUUGGAGCAUCGGUAUUCGGAGCAUUACCUGCCUUUGGAGGUUAUGGUAGAUCAAAAAUUAAUGCAAUGUCAGGUGCCAAAAGUGUAGUGUCUGGUGUGUUCAUGGGUUUAAUUACUUUUUUCACAAUACAAUUUUUAUUACCUACGAUUAGAUAUAUUCCUACUUGUGUUCUCUCCGUCAUAACUACCGUCGUGGGUAUUAGCCUACUACAGGAAGCACCUGCUGACAUUAAAUUUCAUAUUGUAUGCCGUGGUUACAAUGAAUUAGUAAUAUUUACACUAACAUUUCUAACGACUAUAUUUUAUUCUGUGGAUGUUGGUAUCAGUAUUGGUAUCGUUUAUUCCCUCCUUUACAUUGUUAAAAGAUCUGCCAAGUCUCGUAUUCAAAUUCUAGCAAAAGUUGAAGGGAUAGAUCAUUUUGUUAAUGCUGAUGAGUAUCAUACUUACCACCAUACAAUUAACUCAACUGAGGCCCUCAACCUAGAACAUUUUAAAGAUUGUCUCGUAGUGAAAAUUCCGGAACCAUUAACUUUCAGUAAUACUGAAGAUUUAAAAGAGAGACUGGACAGAUUAGAACGGUUUGGAUCUGUAAAUACACAUCCUGGUUCAAGAGACAUACGUUCUAGGGAAGCUGUGAAAUAUAUUAUAAUUGACUUGAAGGGAAUGACAUUUAUUGACUCCUCAGCAGUUCAAAUUUUAAAGGAAAUAAUCACGGACUAUAACGAGAGAAAUGUCAAGGUACUCCUUACGAGAGUACCAUUUAAGAAUGAAAUAAGAUUUAAACUUCAAAGAUCUGGGAUUACCGACUUGAUUACGAAAUACAAGAUACCGGAGAGUUUGAAUGAUAUAGAUAAUGUAGAGACAAGCACUCAAUUGGGAAACAUGGUCCUCGAUUCACCUUAUUUCACAAAUGUCGAGGAAGCAAUGUUUGCAAUAGAAAGCAGUGCCAACUCGAACCUUCCUUGA